AAAAAGCCCAAGAGACAUUCACGUAAACCUACUUUGAAGACAAAGGUUGUCGUUCGAAGACUUCCACCUUUACUACAAGAAGAUGUUCUUAUGGAAGCAGUAAAGCCCUGGAUUAACGAGCAAACAACAGAUUAUUCCUUCUUUGUUCCAGGAAAGAUUCCAAAAUCUAAAGGGAAGGAAAACAUAUUCUCUCGAGCCUACUUUCACUUGAAGACAAUGGAAGCAGUGAUUGCUUUCCAUCAAGGAUUUGACGGACGUCCAUUCACAGAUAGCCGUGGUAAGUAUAUAUAA